AUGGCUUAUGCUGCUGUAACUUCGCUUAAAGGAACACUCCACCUACACUUCUUGCAAUCACAACCGCGCUUGCCUCUAAAACACAAACAACAAAUAGUUUCUCUCCAUGAAAAUCUUGGUUUCCUCCAAGAAGUUCUUGAGAAAUCUGAGAUCGCUUAUGAUAAUUCAGCGAUGAAAGAUUUAGAGGCAGAGAUGAGAGAUGUAGCACUCAAAGCUGAAGACAGGAUUGAGAAGGAGUUGAGUAACAUAUACCUUCAGUCAAGCAGUAUAAAGGCUUGCCUCCUCAGGCUUCAUGGAAUCUUCAAGCAAGCAGUAAAACAGACUAAUUACCUCAAAAAGAAGUUGAUUAAGAUUCAAAGUAAAGACCAGUUUGCAAAGGGUCCAUCAAUCACUGGUCGGAUGCGACAAAGAGGACUACUCCUUGGUUCAACAUCAUCGCAGCCUGCUGAUCCACAACGCGAGAAUACUAUUGUCAGUAAAUUUUCCAAAACCGCUUCAAAGUUUGACAGUGAAAUGGUUGGAUGCGACAAGGAAUUCAAGACGAUAUUGGAUAAGCUCACGCAACAAUCAGCUGAGCAGCUCCAAGUUAUAUCAAUUGUUGGUAUGGGAGGAAUAGGCAAGACCACUUUAGCUCGGAAAAUCUACAAGGAUCCAUCAAUUACAUCUUAUUUUUACAAGAAAGCAUGGGUUACCGUAUCUCAAGAGUAUGACGUGGAACAAAUGCUCCAAUGCUUUAUUAAUUGUGUUAAUGCAGUAUCAAAUGAUAUACCCCAUGAACAAAGAAAUGACAAUUUAGCAAAAAGUCAGCGUAAACACUUGAAGGUAUCAAAUGGUAUACUCUGUAAACUAAGAAUUGACAACUUAGUUGAAAGUCUGCGUAAACACUUGAAGGCAUCAAAUGAUAUACUCCCUAAACAAAGAAUUGACAACUUAGCAGAAAGUCUGCGUAAACACUUGAAGGAUCAGAGAUAUUUGAUAGUGAUGGAUGAUAUAUGGAGCGCUACUGCUUGGGAUAGUGUGCAAAGAUGCUUUCCAAAUGAUAAUAAUGGAAGUCGUAUACUAUUGACUUCUCGGCUCAGGGAGGUGGCUGAAUAUGCAAGUUCAGGUAACUCUACCAUUAACAUGCCUUUCUUAGAUGCCAAUGAAAGUUGGAAUCUCUACUGCAAUGUGUUUGGUCAAACAGAAUUUCUUUCAGUGUUUGAGCAAAUUGGUAGAAACAUAGUGAAGAAAUGUAAUGGAUUACCUCUAGCUAUUAUUGUAAUAGCUAGUCUUCUAUCCAAGACAGAGGAGACAGUGGAGAAGUGGAAUAAUGUUGCAGAAAAGACAGAGGAGACAGUGGAGAAGUGGAAUAAUGUUGCAGAAAAUGUGAGUAGAUAUGUAACUAGUGAUUCUAAUGAUGCAUGUUCCAGAAUACUAUAUUUGAGUUACAACCAAUUACCACACCACUUAAAAGCUUGUUUUCUAUAUUUUGGCCAAUUACCACACCACUUAAAAGCUUGUUUUCUAUAUUUUGGGGUUUUCCCAGAAGACUAUGAGAUCCAUGUGAAGAAGUUGGCUAGGUUGUGGGCAGCAGAAGGAUUUUUGAGGGCAAAGGACCAUCCAAAUAUUGAGGAAGUGGCCAUGGAAUGCUUGCAAGAUCUUGUUGGUAGAAGUCUUGUUUUUGUUAGCAAACAGAGCUACGAUGGGAAAAUGAAGACAGUAAAAAUACAUGACUUGUUGCGUGAUUUGUGUUUGAGGGAAGCUCGACAUGAAAAUCUCUUGAAUGUCAUUGGAGAUGAAAAACUUUCAUUUUACAAGAAGAAAAUCUCUCAUCGUUGGAUAAGUGCAACAUCAAGGAACUACGUGGGCUUGCAAAUCUUAUUCAUUUGA